GGUCUCGCUGCUGGAGAGUUUUGCGUUGGUGGGUCCAGUGAGAUGUGGUUUCUGCCCAUGGCGUGGUGUGAUUCUGCCGGCGCGUAGUUUCUGUGAGACUGCCCUCUUUCGUGAGCGUUUUUACGGCUCUACAGAGCAGUUUCACAGUCAUUUCAAAGAGGAUCCCAGUCUUGGAUUUCGGAUCUUGUGUGCUAUGCGCACCUCCAGAUUUUAUAGCUUUGGAAUUAUUUUUGAAGAUGGAAUAGGUUUAUUGGUUUGCUCUCUUUUAUUUUGAAUUCGGAUGCAAGAAAGUUGAAAGAAUAAUCAGUGGGUACGGUCGUAGGAUUUUUGAAGAUGGCGGUUUGGGUCAGGUUUAUGAAUUUAUCGUUCUUGGUAUUAAAGUAGCUAGUGGAAUAUCGCACCAGACGUUCGUUAGUUUGUUGUUGUGUCUCUUAUGUUGCCAGGCUGCCUGAGCUCAGUAGCCAAGCUAAUAAGUCUGGAUGACUGGCUGAGUGUAGAAUCUUGACUGAUUGCCUGUUACACAAGAGUGAUGCAGUGUAUGCUGGUCCGUGAAGUUAUUGAUCUUUAGCAGCAUCUAUUGCCACUUGAAAGUGCUCGGGAUUUGUUUAGUGAUGCAGGUGAUCAGAGACAUCAGCACUAUUGUGCUAGCUUAUUUUGUGUGCAAUAGCAUUGGCUGGAUUUGAAAGGCUUAGGAGGUAGAAUUCCGAGGGCGUUUUUCAGUCAUGAAAAGUGCAGUGGGGGCUGCGGCUUCCUCUAAACCCAGAACAAUGUUGAGGUUGAUAGUAGCUGCAAUUGUAGGUGGACUGAUUGGUGCCUUUAUCAGCACGCUCAUGCAGCAUGGCGUCGCACCUAAUCUUGGGUAUAUUGCUGCGCACAUCCAGCAGCCGCAGUAUGCCGAUUAUCCACCAAUUCCUCCUACGGAUAUGGAAGGGCCCACGUGCACUAGGGAUAAACCGCUAGGAACCGAGUCUCUUCCACCUGGCAUCAUCCACGCUGAAACUGAUCUUUUUCCUCGUAGGUUAUGGGGGAAACCUGAAGAGGAUCUAUUGGAAACGCCAAAAUAUCUUUUGACGUUCACUGUCGGUGUUAGUCAGAAGGCAGCUGUCAAUGCCGCAGUCCAGAAAUUCUCGAAGGAGUUUCAAAUAUUGCUCUUCCAUUAUGACGGAAAAGUGACUGAAUGGGACGAGUAUGAAUGGUCUCAAAACGCCAUUCAUAUAAGUAUUCGUAAGCAAGCCAAGUGGUGGUAUGUCAAGCGAUUUUUGCAUCCUGAUGUGGUGGCACAGUAUGAAUAUAUCUUCAUUUGGGAUGAGGAUCUUGAUUUGACUCAUUUCAAUGCGCGGAGGUACCUGGAGCUCGUCGAAAAGCAUGGUCUCGAAGUUUCACAGCCGUCGCUGGAUUCCUCUCGUGGUACAACUUGGGCAAUGACAAGGCAUCGGGGCGAUAUUGAGGUUCACAAGGUAACGGUGGAACAUCCUGGUUGGUGCAAAGAUCCGCUCAAGCCCCCCUGUGCAGGGUUUGUUGAGAUCAUGGCACCCGUGUUUUCACGAAAAGCAUGGCGUUGCGUCUGGUACAUAAUACAGAAUGACUUGGUACACGGUUGGGGUCUGGAUUUCGCCAUACGUCGCUGUGUUGAGCCUGCUCACGAGAAAAUUGGAGUAGUUGAUGAAACAUGGAUUAUACACGUCGGUGUACCAUCACUUGGAAAUCAGGGUGUAACCAUCGCUGGGAGGGCACCAUGGGAAGGGGUACGGUUGAGAUGCAAUUAUGAAUGGCAAAUUUAUUCUAAGCGAUGGAAGGAAGCCGAUGCAAGACAAGCUGAAUUAGAUGCAGCAGCUCAAGGGAAGUAGAAGAGUUUAUUGCAAUACCCUGGGUGCCCUUGGAAUGUGCCCGAAGUGUGUGGCUUGCUCGUUUCUUACCGAGCAUAUCUCCUCUGCCUACUCGAGGUUACUUAGUGCAAGUUAGGCUCUUCUGUGGUGGGAAACUUACCACCUGGAUCCUAAAAGCAGAUUGAUUCAUCCCUGAAAGACACUUGGAAACCUGGUUAAAACUUCGUCACAAUUUUAGACUGUCCUUGCAGGACCUUUUACUUGCACGUCGGUGCUGGAAACACGGGAGAAUUUUUGAACGGCUGGUGUGACAUCCAUCUGGAAGUUUCCGGACUUGUAGUUUUCUGCAGUAAUAGACGUCGUAACAGACUCUGGAAGCUCCUGAAUUUGAAUGAAGAAUCAAAAUACUGUGAGAAUAAACACAUCUUUUUUCCCGUUGA